UAAAGAUCUUCAAGUUGGCAGUGAGAAAGAAAAAAAAAAAAUCUGGGAAGAAGUCAUUUGGUUGGGGUGGAAUCAGGUUUCCUGUACUUCGUUUGAUAAAAGGAGAAAAGAAGGGAAAUCGAUUUAUUUUGUUUUAAUCGGCGAAAAAAAUGCAUUCGAGUCAUCUGCUUCUAGAAGAGCCAAUCAGGAUGGCUUCAAUCCUGGAGCCAUCGAAGCCUAGUUUUUUUCCGGCGAUGACAAAGAUAGUUGGAACUUUAGGUCCGAAGUCUCGAUCCGUGGAUGUUAUUUCCGGUUGCCUUAAAGCUGGAAUGUCUGUGGCUAGGUUCGAUUUCUCGUGGCAUGACCCGGAGUAUCAUCAGGAAACUUUAGAAAAUUUAAAGGCAGCCGUUAAGCUCACUAAGAAGCUUUGUGCGGUUAUGUUGGAUACUGUGGGUGCUGAGUUGCAGGUUGUUAAUAAAAGCGAGAAAGCCAUCUCACUUCAGGCAGAUGCUACAGUUAUUUUGACACCGGAUGAAGGACAAGAGGCCUCUUCGGAAUUAUUGCCAAUCAAUUUUGAUGGAUUGUCAAAGGCAGUGAAGCAGGGAGACACUAUUUUUAUAGGUCAGUACCUGUUUACUGGGAGUGAAACCACAUCUGUAUGGCUGGAGGUUAGUGAGGUAAAAGGAAACGAUGUGGUUUGUGUGAUAAAGAACUCUGCAACAUUGGCUGGGUCAUUGUUCACUUUGCAUGCCUCUCAAAUUCGUAUUGAUUUGCCUACCCUCUCUGAUAAAGACAAGGAGGUUAUAAGUUCUUGGGGAGUUCAAAACAAAAUUGACUUCCUCUCACUAUCAUACACGCGACACGCAGAAGAUGUUCGCCAUGCUCGUGAGUUCCUUUCAAAGUUGGGUGACCUUGGUCAGACACAAAUUUUUGCGAAGAUUGAGAACAUAGAGGGAUUAAACCAUUUUGAUGAGAUCCUACAGGAAGCAGAUGGUAUCAUUCUUUCCCGGGGAAAUUUGGGCAUUGAUCUCCCACCCGAGAAGGUGUUCUUAUUUCAAAAAGCUGCCCUUUAUAAGUGUAACAUGGCUGGAAAGCCUGCGGUUGUCACUCGUGUUGUGGACAGUAUGACGGACAACUUGCGGCCAACUCGUGCUGAGGCUACUGAUGUUGCCAAUGCUGUUCUUGAUGGAAGUGAUGCUAUUCUUCUUGGUGCUGAGACCCUGCGUGGAUUAUACCCUGUUGAAACCAUUUCUAUUGUUGGCAAAAUUUGUGCUGAGGCAGAGAAGGUGUUCAACCAGGACAUGUAUUUCAAAAAAACUGUCAAAUAUGUUGGAGAGCCAAUGACCCACUUGGAAUCCAUUGCUUCCUCUGCGGUACGAGCAGCAAUUAAGGUGAAGGCAUCAGUUAUUAUAUGCUUCACAUCCUCAGGGAGAGCUGCAAGAUUGAUUGCGAAGUACAGGCCAACAAUGCCAGUUCUCUCAGUUGUCAUCCCUCGCCUUAAGACAAAUCAAUUGAGGUGGAGCUUCAGUGGGGCCUUUGAGGCAAGGCAAUCCCUCAGUGUCAGAGGUCUCUUCCCAAUGCUUGCUGAUCCACGACAUCCCGCGGAGUCUACCAGCGCAACAAAUGAGUCAGUUUUGAAGGUUGCUCUUGACCAUGGGAAGGCUGCAGGAGUUAUUAAGCCGCAUGAUCGAGUAGUUGUUUGCCAGAAGGUCGGGGAUGCGUCUGUUGUGAAGAUUAUCGAGCUCGAAGAUUAAACUAAAUCAUUUUUGUCAAUUUCUCCUCUUUGGGAUAUUUCCGUCCUGAUUUUUUGAAAGCGGUGAAUGACUUUAUUGGUAGCACCUGCGAGGUAUUAUCCCCAGGUUUUGGUGAACGCAUGGAUUUGAAAUGUAUUAAGAAUAUGUAAAUUUUUACAGUCUCCGGUAAUUAUUCUACUGUAUCCGAAAUGAUUGCCAUGGAAAAUAUGGGCCAUGUUCCCCAUUUUCAACUGAUGUGAAGGUAAAGCACAUACCUGGUUCCAAAUGAAUAAAAAAAUUUUUUCUUGAUUAAGCUCCAAA